GCCCCGCUGCCUCUGUCGGGCCUGGGCGGCGGGGACGAGGUGAGCUCUCGCUGCCCUGGGGCAGCGCGGGGGGACGGGGGCAGCUGCCUGUUUUGGGGACGGAGUCGAGGGGGAGGACUGGGAAGCGGGGCUCGCUGCCACUUCUCUCGGGCGCUGUGUGAGGGCCCCUGUAGUAGGUGGUCACCCGUGUGUCCGGGAGCUGCGCUGCUGCUGGAGGUUGGCGUUCACAGGGCUGUGGGGGUUGGAAGGGACCACUGGAGAGCAUCCAGUCCAACCCCCUGCUAAAGCAGGCUCCUGCAAUAGCUUGCACAGCGAAACAUCCUGGUUGGUUUUGAGUGUGUCCACAAGAGGUGACUUCACAACCCCUCCGGGCAGCCUGUGCCACUGCUCUGUCACCCUCACAGGAAAGAAGUUUUUCUGCAUGUAUGUUCAUAUGAAACCUGCUGUGUUCCAGUUAGUGCCUGUUGCGCCGGGCCAUGUCAGUGGGCACUGCUGAAAAACGCCUGGGAUAUUCACCUUUGUUUCUGCUGCAGGGUUUGGGAGGUUGAAACACAGGGAAAUUGGGUCAUUUGCGCAGAUGUUAAGUCACAGAAUGUGAGAUGUAACUUCAGGUUUCUGCUUAGCAGUCCAAUCUGGACUAUACCUACCCUAUGGAGACAGGCUGAGGGAGCUGGGCUUGUUCAGCCUGGAGAAGAGAAGGCUCCAAGGAGACCUCGUUGCAGCCUUCCAGUAUUUAAAAGGGGAUUAUAAACAGGAGGGGAAUCAAUUUCUUGCUCGGGUAGAUAGUGACAGGACAAAGGGGAAUGGUUUUAAGCUCAAGGGGGGAAGGUAAGGGAGCAGUGAAGUGCUGGCACAGGCUGCCCAGAGAGGCUGUGGGUGUUCCAUCCCUGGAGAUGUUCAAGACCAGGUUGGAUGUGCAGCCUGAUCUAGUGCCAGAUCUGGAGGUUGGUGGCCCUGCCUGUGGCAGGGGAGUUGGAACUUGAUGAUCCUUGAUCCUUGGGAUCUCUUCCAUCCCAAACCGUUCUAUGAUUCUGUGAUUUAUGAUUCUAUGACUAUUGGAUUUUUUUUUUGUCAAAAGAAAAAAACAACUGCCUUUCUACUCUCACUUGGUCUCUUUUUCAGAUCAGUUUGCCUCAUUAUAUUUUCCAGAAGUCAGGUGUAAACAGCAACAACAGUGUUGUCUGAGUGUACUUAAAUUGCCUUCCAAAAGUUGAUUGCAGAUGUCUAACUGCCAAUGCAAUGGUAUGAUCUAGCAGUGUAAACGACGGCUGUAGCUCCCAUAUGGUUUGGUCAGUGCUUCCACAAACAUGAAGGGAAUGAAGAAGCCUGUAUAAUUUUUCACCACCUCUUUGUGUUUUGUUUUGUUGUUUUUUUUUUUUUUUCCCCCAGAUUCUUGUAUUUCAGGGUUUAUCUGUGAAAUUUCCCAAAAGAACAGUAAGCUUGUUCAAUUAGUGAGAUUUACCGAGUUUCAGAAGUGAAUUAGAUUCUUGCCAUUAGCUCUGAUGCACUAAAUGUGCCCAGAAGAAUAAAGCUGCUAACAUGAUUUUGUGGGGCUAUUUAACUGUGUAUAAAGUUUGGGAUCAUAGGGGUUCUUACGAACAGUUUUGGUAAGAUGGCAAACACCUGCUUAAAAAAAAGUUAUCCAUAACAGCUUAAAGCAUUCAUUGCUAAAUAUUAAGGGCAUUUCUGUUUCAACUUUCAAAGAGGUUUGUAAGGAACUUUUUGCAUGUCUCCUGCUGUCAGUUUGACAGUCUCUAAAGAUCUCUGAAGAUAACAAUUGCUGUCUUUUGACAGGGAGAGCAUGAGCUGAGCCAGCUGGAGCAAGUAUUGAAGCCUUCUGCAUCCUGUCUGGCAAGCUGCUUGUUUAGAAGGGAGAGAGGGGAAAGCAGUUCAUAUGUAAUGAAAAGAUCAAAAGUAACAAUUCCAAGAUGCAGAGGGGUACAAGAAUCUCAUUCAGCUCUGUGAAUUCCUCUCUUUCAUCUCUGAAAAACUGCCAGUCUUACAUAAAUACUGGAAUGGAUAUUGCUACUCACGUUGCCCUUGACCUGGUGGAAAAUUUCAAUGAUGAAGAGGAUGUUAGAAGUAUGGAGAAUGUCAUGUUAGAGUAUGCUGCAUUGGACAGAGAGCUUAAUCAUUACAUGAGAGCAAUUGAAGAAACAGUAGAUCAGAUAAAACAAGACAAACCAGAAAAGAUACCAGAUCUAAAAUCACUAGUAAAAGAAAAAUUUACUGCAUUGGAGAGCAUGAACAGUGACUCGGAUUUGGAAAAAAAUGAAAAAUAUAUGUAUUUUAAGGAUCAACUUAAAGACAUGAAAAAACAAUUUCGUCUUCAAUCAGAUAGUAAUGAUAAUGACGACAUCGAACAAAUCGAUGAAGAUAUAGCUGUGACUCAGAGUCAGAUGAACUUCAUUUGUCCCAUUACACAGGUGGAAAUGAAGAAGCCAGUUCGAAACAAAGUCUGUGGACAUUCCUAUGAAGAAGAUGCCAUUCUAAAAAUCAUCCAGACUCGAAAGCAGCAGAAGAAGAAAGUCCGCUGCCCUAAAAUUGGCUGUAGCCAUGAUGAUGUAAAAGGAUCAGAUCUCGUGCCAGAUGAAGCACUUAAAAGAGCGAUUGACAGUCAGAAUAAACAAAGCUGGUCAACGCUGUAGAAGUCGGCUGGAUGUGCCGUUGCCACAAAGAAAAUUUGUUAUUAGAGGUCUUGUGAGAUAAGCUGCUGAUUGUGAGCAGGUUGUGUAACGGAUUGUUAUUUAAAGUGUUUCAUUUAUAGGCAGAGUUGAAGGUCUCCGCUGUAACUGAAAACAUUUUUUCAUCUGUCAAAUAUGAGGAAUUCCAGGUUAGUUAGUUUUUUUUCCCCUUCUUGAAAUUCUAAAUGUUGCGUUUGUUAAAUAAAAUGUGGCUUUCAGCCUUCAA